AUGAUAGACGGAACAUGGACAAUUGUACAAUCAAAAAAAAAAGAAGAUAAACCAACUGUGAGAGAAACGAGAUUACAAAUUGAAAUUUAUAUAUCAGGUGAAUGUUACAAUGUCUUUCUUAAGGAUCAUAAUGUCAAUAAAUUUAUGAACAUUAAACGAUUAACAAGUCUAACACCCAUCAAACGUCAUAUUACAGCAAUUACGAAUCUUUCCGAAUGGCUACAAUAUAAAAGUUUACUUGCGCCAACAUUAAAUGAUCCAUAUUAUCAAGUAGCUGAACAAUCAGACGGAACUAUAGAAGAUCAUAGCUUCAGUCACGAGCAAACAAAAGCAAUUAAAAUUGCUGUUAAUAUGUUUGAUGAUAUACAAGAACGGUUUUUCUUAAUUGAUGGUCCAACUAGUAUAAGUAAAAGUAAGACAGUCGCGCAUGUAGUUGGUCAUCUAUUAAAGAAACUCGAUGGUGAUAAAGAAAUUUUAAUAUGUGCACCAUCAAAUACUGCGUAUUAUGAAUUAAUGAAGAAAAUACUUGAUUAUUUUAAUCAAAUAAAUCAAACAAUACAAGGUAAGAUUCAAAAAUGA